CCUAGCAAGCAACGCGGCAGCCUGGGAACCGGGGCAAGAUGGCAGACGCCGAAGACAAUGUUUGGCCGCCGGCUGCACCUUCCACUGCUUCAGUUUCAUUCGCUUUCAGUCGCACGUCCUCUCGGAAGCGGUUGGUGGUGUUAACGGAUGGCGCAGAGUCGGCCUCAGAGGAGAAGGAUUUCUUGAAGACCGUGGAAGGGAGGCAACUGCAAAGUGUGAAGCCCUCAGAAGCCCCCAAGGAACCUAUCAUUCCUUUGAUUCAGAAUGGCUAUCACAGGCAGCCACCAGCUCAACCCUCCAGACCAGCCACAGAUACACAGAUCCCAGCAGAUGGGGUGCUGUCCCAGGCUGUGAAGGAACUAAUUGAGGAAUCCAAGAAGUCUCUGGAGGAAAGAGAGAAUGCAGGUGUGGACUCCACGCUCACUAUCCCCAUGAUCCAGAAGGGACACAGCCUCAACACAGAAAGGAUAGAUGACAAAGUGCUGGCUGAGACGGUGCCCGAAGAGGCUGAUUAUGAGGCGAUCUCGGUGGAGGCCUAUGGAUUGGCCAUGCUGCGAGGCAUGGGCUGGAAACCUGGGCAAGGCAUCGGCCGUACCUUUAGUCAGGUAGUAAAACCCCGUGUGAACUCACUGAGGCCCAAGGGCUUGGGCCUGGGUGCCAACGUGACUGAUGUGCAGGCUUUGACCACCAGCACCAGCUCCAGCUGCCUUUCAAGAACACAUCACAGUCAGAAAGACGAGCAGCCUGACGGGCUGAAGAAUGGAACAACGGUGAUGGUCAUCUCUGGCCAUUACCGAGGCCGCUAUGGGAAGGUGGAAGGGCUUGACCCGGACAAUGUCCGGGCCAUGGUGCGUCUGAGCAGGGAGAAUCGCGUGGUGACGGUUAGUGAGUACUGCCUGCGCCCUGUAUCCCAGAAGGAGUAUGACGAGAACACUGCGGAUCCCAGUGAGAACACAGCUUCUGCGGGGAAACUGAGGCAACCACCCUCGACACAGAAGGCUCCCCAGGAUCAGCACGCCCGCACGCAGCAGCAGAGCUCCAUGAAGAAGCGGAAACACCUUGUAGACCCACAGGAAGGGCCUACAACCAAAAGCAGUGAGAAGACAGCUCGCAGAAGCCCCCAUUGGUUACGUAGAGACCUGCGUGUCCGAUUUGUGAACAAGCUGUACAAGAACGGCCAGUACUACAACACCAAGAUGACCAUCGAGGAUCUCCUGAGCCCGGAUACCUGUGUGUGUCGGACCGAUGAAGGCCGAGUCCUAGAAGGUGUGAAGGAGAACAUGCUGGAGACGCUGAUUCCCAAGGCCGAAGGCGAACGUGUGAUGGUAGUGCUGGGCCCUCAGGCCGGAAGGGUUGGCCAGCUGCUGCGCCGCAGCACCACACACAGCAGGGCUUUGGUGCGACUGCGCAGAGACACUCAGCUGCUGGAGCUGCAUUAUGACGCCGUGUGCCAGUACAUGGGUCCUAGCGACUCAGAUGAGGACUGAAGGGCUCCGCUUACAGCCCUCCCUGCCCUGCC